CGUAGCUGUAUCCCUUUUAACCACAACCCAAAGACCGGAGCGUGUGAUCCACACUCCGUAGCAGAAGGUGGCGGUAAUCUGCUACAAUGCUAAAUGCCAACUUCAGUAAAACAAGACGAAGAAGACGCGUUUGGGCGUUUCUAUUCAGGUGUGCUACAUAUUUGUCAAUAUACACCUCUGAAGUUAUUUCCUGAUCGGCCAUAAAACCCAAAGAAGAUUAGUCAAUAACCGUCCCAAAAAACAACAAAAAGUUAUGUAACCAAGCCGACGGUAUUAUUUACCGACAGAACUGUCGUCGAAUAUGAAGCAAACAUGCGAUGUUUAGAUCUUGUGCUUAUCGGGAUUCAUCUCGCCACUGCUAGAGCACACUCUCUGCAGUACUUCUGCACUGCGGUGAAUGGAGACAUUAAACUUCCAGCGCUAACAGUUGUCGGGAUGGUUGAUGGUCAGCAGUUUAUGUACUUUGACAGUGACACAAAUAAAGCUGUGCCAAAGACAGAGUGGAUCAGAUACUAUGGCACAGAUUACUGGGACAGACAGACUCAGAUUGUCAUUAAUCGGCAUGAGCAAUACAAACUCAUCAUGCAAACUAUAAUGGAUCUAUACAACCAGUCUAUGUCAGAAGAUGUUAACACCUUUCAGAUGAUGUACGGCUGCGAGCUGGAUGAUGAUGGUACCACUCAAGGGUACUUGCAGUAUGGUUAUAAUGGAGAUGAUUUCAUCAGUUUUGAUAGAAAGACACUCAGGUGGAUUGCUGGAGAAAUGCAUCCGGAAGCUGUUGAAAUGAUGAACAAAUGGCAUUCAGCUGAAGUUAAUACAAUAUACUGGAAAGCAUACCUGGAGAGCAUAUGCUUUGAGCGAAUGAAGAAGAUUGUGAGCUACAGCAAGGGCACUCUGGAGAGAAAAGUUGCGCCUGAGGUGUCUCGACUGCAGAAGAACUCCUCGUCUCCAGUUAUCUGUCACGCUACAGGUUUCUACCCCAAAAACAUCACAAUGACCUGGAAGAAAAACAAUGAGGAUCUUAAUGAAGAUGUGGAGGUCAGUGAAACUUUGCCAAAUGAAGAUGGAACGUUCCAGAAGAGCAUCAGUCUCUCAGUGAAGUCUGAGGAGUGGAAGAAGAAUCCAGAUGUCUACAGAUGUGUGAUUCAACAUGUGGCAGAAGAGAAAGAGAUUGUUGUCACUCUCAAUGAAAAAGAAAUAAAGUCUUUCUCAGCUUCUGACAACAUCAUUGUUAAAUGUUUGGUGUUCAUCACCGUUGUAGCCGUUGUUGGAUGUGUGGCUCUCACUGUCUUGGCUGUUAAAAAGAGGCACAUUGUGUGCAGAAAGUGCAGAGAUCUUCAGAGCACAAAUGGCUAUGGGAGGGGCAAUACCACAGAUGCUGCAUUAGAAAUGAAUAGAUGAACCAGAGUUCACACUGAAUUCAAAUCUGAUCCUAGUUCUGAGAGGAUCAGUCAGUGAAAUCUAGCAACAAGGUUUCGAAUUGCAACCAACAGCUCACUCCACCACUCCAUCUCAAAGCACUACGACGGCUGACACAACAUGGUGAAUUACAUGCAAGGGACCUGCUAUGUUUGGAGAUAAAAAUAGCUAAUAAUAACCGAGCUGUCUCCGUUGUGUAAAUGCUGAACUGAUGUUAAUUUGAGUUUUUCGCCUCUUUCAUGAUGCAGUGUUUUUUCGUAACUCCUGAAAAACUGACUUUUUCGUUUUGUAGAUUUAUUUAUUGUCGGUUCAGUGAUAAAAUUUGAUUGUUUUGCCAUUCUCCCUACAUUGACAAAGCGUGCGUCAAUGUUCAGCGUACCACUGAACUGGUAAAUGAAAUGUUGCUGGUUCGAUCCCAGCAGCCACCUCCAGUGUGUCCUUGACCAAGACACUUUACUCAAUGUUGCUCCAGGGGGAUUGUCCCUGUAAUAAGUGCACUGUAAGUCGCUUUGGAUAAAAGCAGCUGCCAAAUGACUAAAUAUAUAUAAUAUAUAAAUAAAUAUAUAUGAUGUCUGAACCUUUUUAUUGGGCAAAGUUUUUAGCCCAACACCGUUCACAGACAAUAUAAUUUAAAAAAAAAUUUGACCACCAUACUUCUUGAUUGCUCUCAGGAUUUAAAGAGAUUUCCAACCAACAUGACAACACAUAACAUAACUAACAUGAUACCACAUUGUAAUAAUUGUUUUUUUGUUUGUUUUUCAGUUCUUCAGUUCCUAGAAGGUAUUACAGAAAGCAUGUUACAUUAAUUUAGGUUCCAGAAACUUGUUUUAUUUCCAGAUGUCAGAUUUGUUGUUGUUCUUAUUGAAAAGGGUCUCUCUUUCUGGAAUCUAUCAGCAAGGGGUGACUGUACCACAAAAACUAAUUGUUAAGCUUUUGGUUCUCAAGAGUAAUGAUAAAAAUGAAGGAGAACGUAAAAUGAAUGCAUCGAAAACUAAAUAAUGUCAUUAAGCAGUCAUGUGAUCAGCUUCUUCGUUGAUGGUUUAUUUACAUUAAAAUAUUUUUACUGAAAAUAAACUAUGUAAAACCUGUCUGAAAACA